GGAUAAAUAUACGAUUGCGACAUCUAGUGAGAGAUUUUUUCGAAUGAAACAAGUGUUUUGUUUUGGAUGUUUUCAACAAGAUUUUCAUUUUUUCCAAAAAAAAAAUGACUCAAAAUCAAAAUAAUCAUGGUAAAUUGAAUCAAUUUCAACCAAAUAUUACGCAAAUAAUACGUAGUGAACAUAAAGAUAAUGUUUACAUUAAAUCCAUAUUACAAUCGGAAUCGAAUUCGAUUUGUAAACAAUUUCUUCCAACACGUCAAUGGAUUCAAUACCAAUCAUAUAUUGAUGAUAUUACCAAAUUUGUCUAUUAUUUAUUAACAACAGUAUCCGGUAAACAAACAUUAGGUGAAGAAUAUGGUCAUAUAAUUUGUAUUGAUCAUCGAUAUCGAUCGAUACCAUCGAUUUGGAAACGUUUAACAUUGGCCAUUUUAUAUUCAUUUCCGAAAAGAUUGUUGAAUUUUGCAUCAAAAAUAAUGAUUAAAAAUGAUGAUGACAGUAGAAUGAUGAUUGAAGAAAAUCUUCAAUUCCUGAUCGAAUCAAUUGGCAAUAUUAAUUUGGCAAUAUUUUUCAUACAAAAUCGAUAUCCAGAUUUUUUAAAACGUUGUUUAUCGAUUGGUUAUCUUUCCACCACAGCAACUUCAAAAUCAUCACCAACAACCGAUUCGAAUCAAUUAUCAUUGAAAAUAUUAUCCAUUUUGACCAUAAUCCCGGUGAUAUUAUCAUUUUAUUCAAAAUUUAUUCGAACCAUUUUGAUUAAUCGAAGAAAAAAACAUUCGAACAACAAGAAACAUUCGAUCAAUACUAUCGAUAAACAAUCGAUUAAUGAAACAAAAGUAAUGGACGAUAAUCGAACACAACGGAAAUGUCCAUUAUGUUUUCAAUCAUUAUAUCAACAACAACGAAAUCCAACAUUAUUAUUUUGUGGUCAUAUUUUUUGUUGGAAUUGUCUUUCAGAUUGGCUAAUGAUGAUUCGAACAUCAUCCGAACGUAAAGAUGAAUGUCCUUUAUGUAAAAUGAAAAUUUUUGAUACAAAACAAUUUGUUUUGUUACAUAAUUUAUGAUCAUAAUCAUCAUCAUAUUUUUUAACCCUUUAAACACUACCAAAAAAUCCAUCAGUCCAUCAAUCAUCAAGUAAAUUUCGAUGAAAAACAACAAAAGCAUCCACCAAUCAAAAAAAAAAGUGAAGAGUUUCAUCACCUGACCUUGUCAA